UUCCUCAGGAAGUCAAGGCAAAAAGUCUCGUCUCGUCGCGUGAGUGUUUGUGUGUGUGCUCGUGCUCAUGCUCGUGCUGAGCGCCUGCUCUCCUGUACUGCAGUUAUAUCGCAAGAUGAAGUAGGAGAAUGCAGUAGUUGAUAUAUAAAGGCCUAAUCUCAUGUUGUAAUCUUGUGUAAAUUCUCCCUGGAUUACGAUUUCAUCGUGCUCAAAUGAAUUUGACCUGUCACUGCCGUGUCUCAGAUCCCAGAUGAUGUUCGACGAUGAGCGCAGGAGCAUUUCCUGGGCCCCAGAGGACACUUCCAGGCUGAGCCUCUCUUAAAGGGGCAAUAUCAACCACCUAUUUCUGAAUAAUUCUGUGAUAAUCAAGAACCCAAACCAAAAAUUGCAUCCAAACCAAGAAAAAAUCUCCAGCAUCAUCUCAGUUCAAACAUGUACUUCAAUAUGCUUCACACUAACAAAAACCGAAGGCCCCCAAACUCAAGAGAGCAUAUGACGGAAAUGCAUGGAAAAAUAGUUCUGGAACAGGAGGGGUCACAAGAGAGGAAGACAGAGACAAUAAUACAUUCGGAAAAGACAAUGCAAGCAGAAGAGACAGAACCAGAUGUUAUUGUGGAACAGGGAGAUGAGUUAGGAUGUGGGGAUGAAUUAGCACAGGGAAUUGAUUUAGAUUUGGUGGAGGGUUUUGAAGAAGGUGAAACAUAUAAGUCAGAGGAUGAGGAAGAGUCGAUGGACCUUCUCUCUGAUUCAUGCAGUAAAAGAGACGUAGAUGAUAAUAUAGAGACCGAUCAGAUUGAAGUAGAGGACACUGGAAAGAUAGCAUGGAGACUGACUAAAAAUGGUGUAUCAACAUCACAUAAAAGCUCUAGUGAUGUUCAGUUGGCUUCUAAUGCUGUUUAUGGAUGCAUUGCAAACACAGACAGAUUCCUGUAUGAUGAAAUUUGCCUCAGUAAAACUUUCAUUGAAGCAUUUUACCCAAAUGGUAUAGUCCCAGGCAGAAUGUUUUCAAGUGAAGAAGACAUAGAUGGGAUGUUCCCCGAUAUUUGUGAUGCAGGUGAAGCAUUAGCAGACAAAGAUGGACUUUCAGAGUGUGACCUUUUUGAACAAAGAGAACCUCUCCAAAUAACAGAAACGGAGGACAAAGCCAAUGGAGGUAUUAUGAUGCUUACUUUGGAGGAGGGAUUAAACGGCUCUGAUUUGUCUUCAACUUCCAUUGAGGAAGAGGAUGAUGAAAUACAAUUAGAAAAAGAGCAAAUGGAAGAAAAAGGAAACCAUUAUUUAUCAGAUGACAGUGCAUCUCAGGAUCCUUCAGCUGCUAUCGACUCUCCAGACUGUCCUUCGUCAAACAGUGGAGGUGAAACUCUCCUUGAGUCCGAUCUGACGUCUUUUUCAAAUUCUUCUUCUUCUCAGCCAUUUUCUGGCUCUGAAAAGUUCUCAGAUGAUGAUAUAGCAGAUACAAAUCAUAACUACUGUAACAAAUAUGUGGUUAAACAUGACGAAGCGAUACCUGCCACCUUAAAUCUUGAUGCCAUCAAUGCUUUCUCGCUCAUUCAACAGAAAUCAGAAAGCCAAGGCCAAAGUUUACAACAAAAUCAAGAAGAAGAGAGCAUUGGGGAAGAACAAGAAGAAGGGGUUGCAAGUGACUACUUGAGUAGAUUUGAGGGAAAAGAACUCACAGUAGAUCAUGUCUAUGAAGAAACGGAGCCAAAAAUCCAAGCCAAAGAUUUCCUUCAGAACAGGAAGUACUUUAUGACUCGCUCUAUAUCUGUGGAAACCCCCAGUAAGAGAGUUGACCUAAUGAGUAGCCCUGCGACAGGAAAUAGGCGGCUUCUGCUACACCCAGGCACCUUCUAUACAGAUCAGCGUUUCCUUGGAGAUAGUAGACCUGCACUGACAGGCUCAUUAGGAUGUCUUUCACAAGGCACCUCAAACUUGGCUAAAGUCACUCGAGUUGAUAUACCACCCCCAUUUGAACUGGCAUCCAUCACAAAGCGACCGAUCAGAAAAAGUUCUCCAUCCCUCCCGAAUGAAGUCUCCGCUUCUUGCAAGAAGCCUGAUUUUGGGUUCAAGCGAUACCUUCUGCCGUUACGGUUCCUUAGGAAAUCAGAUCGUAAAAGCAUUAUGGAUAAUCGCUCCGUCUCUUCCAGGUCCUCAUCUGAGUCAAGUCCACAAGGGUCAUGCAAACACUUGGAUUUUAUCAGGCAUAACAUGGGCAGCCCGGAGUUGCAGAGCACUCCAGAUUGCACGCCACCUAUGUCCCCUUCUUCAUUUGUCUUCCAAAAAAAUAGACAAAAACAGAAGCUAAACUUAACCCUAAAUAAUGAUUUGGCUUCAAGCACCAUUUCUAUGGAGCUAGGGUCUCUCUUUGAGCCCCAUCCGCUUUCCAAACCUCGAUCUUUCUCAUCUCCCAAUACAGACUCUUCAGAUUACGAGAACGUUCAAAAUGCUGCUUCUCACUAUGAGAAUGUGCAGAUUCGCCUCCUGAAUCCAGUCAUUCAGAGUCAACGAAAUCAGAGUUCAACCAGUGAUACUGAUGGUUACGUAGACAUGAGCAGUCUGCCGGGCUUCCAGGGCAAAUGUCAGCCAUCUGAGCAAGAGACGGAUAGCCUCUACACUUUCUGUUCUCCUAAUGUGAGACAAGAUGGAACAGUGGGUGUGUCUGUGGGUGUGGCUUGUACACAAGAGAAAAAGACAAAGGCAUCUGCCAAACUGAUUGUCAACUGUUCCAGGGCUUUCUAUAGUGCCAAAGAGCUUCUGGACAGUGAGGCCCAGCAUGUCAAGACUUUACAACUUCUCUGUGAGUCAGUUGAAGCGGAUGAGAGGCUGAUGACAGUGUGGACAGAGGUACCUGAUAUUUAUACUCUCCACCAAAAUAUCCACACAUUACUGGAGACUCGCUUAAAAGAAUGGGAUCAGAAUGAAGGUAUUGCUGAAAUCAUCCUGGCAAAGAAGACAGAGUUUUCCAUUUUCUCUUCUUACAUCAGUCACUAUGAUGAAAAAAUGAAUUAUCUGGAACACAUACAAAGCACACUACCAGAUGCAGAGACUCUGAAAAAGCAGUUGCUGCAGGUCAUUGUGCGCAUCCUACAAUACCGUAUGCUGCUAACAGACUACCUGAACAACCUCUUACCAGACUCCAGAGAGUUUGAAAAUACACAAAAUGCUUUGGUUGUGGUCUCAGAUAUUGCUCAUGAUGCCAAUGAGAGCCUUAAGAAUGGAGCAGAUCUCCUGCGUUUGGUCCAUAUUGAACACAGUGUUCUGGGUCUGACAGAUCUCCUACAACCUGGGAGGGUGUUUGUGAAAGAGGGCACUUUAAUGAAGGUCAGCAGAAAGUGCAAGCAGCCACGUCACCUUUUCUUGAUGAAUGACAUAAUGCUGUACACAUAUCCUCAGCAAGAUGGCAAAUAUAGACUCAUCAACAGAUUACCAUUGGCAGGGAUGGAGGUCAGCAAGCCUCCUAUAGAGAAUGCUCAGAGCGCAUUGAAGAUAGACGUGAAAGAUAUAAGCAUCACUUUGUCUGCCAAGCAAGUGACAUACACAAACUCAAACAUUCACACAAACAUAUAUAGUGUAUGUAUGUGCAGUGUGACUCAUGCAUGUGUUCCUGUGUCCAGCUCCUGCACUGAACGAGACGGCUGGUUUGCUACACUGAAUCGGACAUUAGUGAAUCUCGGCCCUGUAUCAGGAGUCCCAGUACACUGUUUUGGGUUAGUGGAUGGUCCAGAGAUGUGUCUUGGCGAGAACGCUCCUCCUCUGCUGUCUGUUUCUCAGGUGACAGUUUGCAUGAACUGUCACUCACAUUUCAGCCUCACAAACAGAAGACAUCACUGCCAUGCCUGCGGCAAGAUUUUCUGCAGAGAUUGUUGCAGGAACAAAUUCCCCCUCAAAUAUAUGAAGAACAGACGUGCCAAAGUGUGUGAUCAUUGUUACACUGAGCUGCGUAAGCAUGAUGUUGCCAUAAUAACAGAGAGCUCCAGUCGACCUCUCUCUUCUGUCUUCCAAAACAUUCAUCCAUCGAGUCUGUGGAGAAGCCGCAAAGGCCAACUGUCUUUCAAUCAGGAGACAGUGUCUGAUGAGGUGAUGAGUGGAACCCUGCAGAGGUACAGGAACAGCAAGAGAAGUUGGAGAAGCCUGUGGUUCCUCCUGAAAGAUAAAGUUCUCUAUGCAUACCCACAGCCUGAGGAGAGGGUUGCAUGCGAGACCCUUCCUCUCUUGGGUUUCUCUGUGAGGUCAGAGGUUGAAGGGGAGAGCAGCAUGUUUCAGCUGUACCACAAAAGCACUCUCUUCUACACGUUCAGAGCCCAGGACAGUCACACUGCACUGAGAUGGGUCAAUGCCAUGGAAGAGGCUACAGUCCUGUAGCAUCUGCUGUCCUGCUUUUGUCUUCUCAUAUGAGCAAUUAAAUCUGUUAUUGAUCAUUUGAGAGCGAUGCAUUUUCACGUCACAUUCAAAAAUCACAACCCAGUGUGACUGAGGGUGUAAUCAACCAUCCCUACGCUAACGUGACGCAACAGACAUAUUUUUGGAACACCAAGGGAACAAAAUGCUCACACUCAGACAUUUAUUUUGUGCCAAAUACUUCUUCCAAAGACCUCGUUGAGCUGUGGACACACUUUAAAAGGCACACUGUAGCACUUCCAGCUGUCAUUUAGAUAAGAACAUUUUAGAACCAGUGCGAUGUUGAUUAACUUAACCAUUAUACAAUGUGAUAUACAGUAUAUUAUGCAAUACCCCAGUGCACUAAAAUUUAUUAGGACAAUUUCUAAAUAUGGGAACUGGUGUGAAUUUGAGCCCAUUUUCUUUAUUUGGUGGCAUUUUCUUUAUGUCCUCCUCUCAUGUCUGGAUUAUAUUUCCUUGUAUACUGCUGUCUGUUAUUUGGACAAUGACUUCUACAACAAUCAGAAAGAGUAACAUUGGAUUGAUAGUUAGUAUUUAGCAACUGAGCUGGUAUUCUCGUUGCACUUGAUAAUGAUGUACUGUAAUGUUUAAUUUACUUACCUUUUGUCUAAACUGCCAGUCUGUUCACUUGCCAUUUUAUAAUUACAAUAUGAGGGCUUAAUGUAUAUUUAUGAGUAAUGUAUAAGUAGUUUGUCUGAAGGAUUAAUUGUCACUGUAUCAUUUGAGUAAACUUUAAACUUUA